UUUAUACCGGUUCUUUGUGUGUGCUGCUCACUAUGACUAAGCGAUGAAAGUUUUACUGCAUUUAAAGGAAUAUGUAUGUGUGUUUUGAUGAAGUUUGUAUUUUUUUUUUUUUUUUUUUGGUAAGAAGAAAUGAUUGCUAAUGCGCAUGCUUAAAGCAUGUUGAAUGUAUUGGUAUAGAGCAGUCUUCUAUUGUGAAAAACAUGGGUUUGCACUAAUUUUCAUCUUCCAAAUACAUUACAUGAAAGGAUAGAAACCGGUCAAUAUCCACGUGCUGUACAGUAGACAAAUAAACUUAAAUCAUCUUGUUGUAUCGUGUGCUAUUACUUGAAUGUAUUUCUGAGUGGCUUAGUCUCUUAGAAAUAGUCUGUUUAUUGUGAUGCUUUAAACUUGCACAGAAUUAUGCGUGUGUCUUGCGAAGCACUUAAUCUCAAAGAUAUGUACAGCAACAAAUUACAGGAAUAUCAGCAUAAAUUACAGGAUAAUCAGCAUAAGUGAAAACAAUGCCAUAACGCAAAACCGGGAAUGCAACAGAAGCUGAGUCACUAAAACAACAAUCACGUUUGCUUGGAAACCUUUCAACUGCACUAAUUUCCCAACUGUCUUCUACGCCAUGUGAAGUAAAUAGAACAAUAGAGUAACAGAAAGGUUUUAAACAUCCCUAUAAUCGGUUCCUACAAUUACCCAUCGUUUAAGCCAUUAGAAAAUGUUGCUUCACGCUCAAACAAAUGAAAAAAAUGUGUCUCCUAAUCGGCUUCAUACCACGUGUGUAAGGCGAGUGUUACAGGGGAGCAAUGGUUUUCGUGAUAAUGUAUGUUGCAACGUGCCUGCUAAUGCAGAUACCUAAAUGCAGUUGUUAUACGGUAAACGUGAACCAAAUAUGGCUAUAGGUUGUAAGAUGGGAAAAUCAGCAUGUUGUUCGUGAACGAUGCUCGCAGGAUUUCAUAUAGGAUUCUUUGUGCGAACAGAAUAGAUCGUAAACAGCGUGGAACACCAGUUGUGCAAAAAGUUAUUCCACUGUCGUUGGAAUACAUAAGUGUGAGAUCAAUUUUACCCAGCAGUAACUUCAUAAAGACGAAAAUAACACCGUUAUUGGCUGUAACAUUGUUAUCCAGAAAAGAAAAGUCAAGAGAAGAACAUAAAUUUUGUAUUAUGACUACAUCUUCCUUUGAAAUACAAGAGGAAAAUAAUCAAUACAAGCUCGACGUUCUGCUUGAACAAUUUAACAACUUCAAACUGGAAUCCAGUGAUGCAUCCGAGACAGCACAACAGGUUGGCCCGAGAAUUAUUCUUACAGACUGUUCAUGUAGCAGCGUGAAUGAUAUGAAAACGGAAGCACAAUACGCACAACUCAUAUUGUCGGAAGUUAAUCUGGAGACAAACAACAACGACCAAAACACAGAGUGCAGUUCGAGUGAAAUUUCAAUUAUUAAAAGUGAUCGUUGGAAAGAAUGUAGUGAAAGAAAUCUAACAAAUAACAACAGUGACAGUAAUCAUUUCCUUAAAAUUCCUGAGCUGAUUAUUAAUGAAAGUAGUGCGUUGAAACCCACCAUCCGUAAUAGCUUUUGCAGUGAAGCUCGACCUCCGUGAUGCAACAGAAAAAGCAUAAGUUUUUCGCGGCUUUAAUAAACUCGACCAGUUAUGACACGUAUGUACUUAUGACGGGUGGUUUUUCCGGAAGUUUGCUGUUUAAAGUGGUAUCCGUGUGUGAUAAAUAAUGUGCGUGUAAAUUAUCCAUUUGCUCAGGAGAUCGUAUAGCAUGGUUUCAAUUAUGGAUGUAGAAUCGGAUAGACAGGUCUGUGAUAAUCGUGUAAUAGUAUCGCAAAGUGCGGUUAGUCAAAAAUCGAUUGAUCUAGAUAUCUCGCUCAGGCCAAUCAUCGCAUCAGCAUCAGAUCGAGAAACGGUUGAUUUGGAGCUGAUCACAACAGGCUCACUAGAAAACCAGUCAAAUCAACCUUGCUCGUCUACAGCAAAUUCUACAGCCGCAACUAAUCCUUACAACCAUGACGUUGGGGAUACAGAUUUGGUGAAGAGAAGCAUGAAGUUAAAUUUGGUCGAUUCGUGCAGCAUCAACAGCAAAGCUCGAGAGACUAGCAGCCCGGCUGACUUGACCAACACAGCAGCAUCUUCAAGCAGCAGUUUAGGUGCCAGCUCUAGCACUGUUGUAACAACUACGGCUGCGAUCAUCAUGAAACAUCGGAAACUAAAAGAACGAACAUUUAGUGACGAAAUUGGCUCGCCAAAAUCACCAGCCGCUACCACAGAAGUCGUCGAUGACCGCAAGGCACUAAGAGAUGCACUGUAUCAAGGAAUUUUUCAUCGACACCGUCGAACCAUCUUUGCAGUAGGAAGCUUUUUACGAAUGCUGAAAAGUCGAAAUUCAUCAUACAACACGAUUCGGAGUUCGUCGGAAGGAGAAGAUGACACGAAAUAAGCUGGACUACUUUGGUAACUUUGGUAACGUAAUCACACUGCGAAUAUUAUUGAUUUCCCUUAAUUGCCAUUCCCUUAAUGUGAAUAGAAAUAUUUUAAGAAAUGCAAAGAAUAUCAUUUUAUUGAUCGAAUGAAGUACUUAGCCUAGCCAAAGGAUUCACGUUGAUCCCACCGAUGCCUAAAUCAAUUUCCCUUGGAUCUUACUUUAUACACUCCUUACAUACACAAAACGGUUACAAAGGAAAAAUGCUUUAGCAUUAAUGUAAACAAAUUAAAUGAUAUUUUAUAACAAAAUGUCCUAUGUAUUCAAACGGUGAGUAGUUUAUAAAGAAUCCAAGAAUAAAAAAUCUACUGUGAAAUAGUAUGAAAUGUGUUUGAUAGAACUAAAAUGGUUUUUUUUAUGUUGCUUGUUGGUUUUGCAGUGCGGUGAAAGGACAGUUUCCAUGCAAUUGACAUCUAAUUCGAAUAAAAUGACCAAUUUGUAAGACAGUGAUAUAUUAAAGUAGAUCCAACCUCUGGGGAAAAUAAGAAAAUGUUGUUCAUUUCUUGAUACUAUCCAUUCCACACUGAUACAUACCGAACAAUUAGGAGAGCUUAAGCUAUUAAGGAACAGUGCGGCGUAUAAUCCAUGCUAGCUUGAGUAAAUAUAACUCUAGUCAAUCGCAUGCUAUCAUUUCUUGUAAGACUGUUAAACACAUAACCACUGAAAAAUGUGUGCGUUUCAGUUGAAGUACAUACUACAGCAUUUUAUAAUUUUGUUGCUUAUUGUUUUAUUUAGUUAGGUGUUAUGUUGUGGAUUCUGGAAUAAUAAUUCUAAAAGUUUUCAAUUAUGUUAUUUGAUACUUGUGAUACAUGUCAGUGUAAACCUCAUUAUGUUCUAGCAAUACGACAUUUCCUUUUCUCAAUGAGUUUCUAAAUUUAAGAGCAAGCAAUUACCUUGAGCAGAAUAAUUUUAUUCUUUUAAUGUUUGAUAUCUUCAUUCGAACCUUAUGAGUUAUUUUUUACCAUAUUAUGUGUUCCAUAGCAAUACGGUCAGGCCGUUCGUGAUGAAUUAAAAAAUGUGUCCCAUCUUCAUUCCUAUUACCUUUCUGAUAAUAUGUUUUAUAAGAAGAUUAUUUGGAGAAAUUCAAGGCGGGUCGGCAAAUCAAAUAUUAUUUGCGAAUGAUUAACAUUACUCAUUAUUAAUGGCUGUUGCGACAUAAAUAUAAAUUUAAAGACGCCAGAUAAUAUCUUAAAUAAAGUGUAUGAUACAGUGAUAAUUCUGAUAUCAUACAAAUUAUUAAAAAUACACGAAGAUUUAUCAAAAUAUUAACUGCCAAUUGAAACAAUCAAGUUGUAGCGAGCAAAGUUAACAAGUCUAUGAGAAUUAUAUCGAACAAAUUUAAUUAAAUAGCCGAGAAACAAUAGUAAACAAACGAUGUUUUUUUUUUUUGUGAUCAGAAAAAAGGAUUAAGCAUGCAUACAUGUACAAGCAUACAAAUAUGAUAUUAGCAACAUGAAUCUGAUACAAGUCCCGCCUGUUAAAAUUGAAGUUUUUUUCUGAAACGAUCAUGAAUAAAUCUGAUGAGAGCAAAAAAAGGUAACAGAAGGUUGCUUAGACCAUAUUAUAAGUGAAUAACAUUGAACGAAUACCACAUUUGCGAAUGUUUUUGUUGAAGUCAUUGUUUCGUACACAAGACUGUUUAAUGCCGGACACUUGGUGCUGCAACGUGUAAUGUUAAUAUUGUGCAGUUUGUUAAAAAAAAUGUUGUCAGAAAAUCUCCGAAGAUCAAGGAAGUAAUAGUUUUAAAUCACCAAAAAAUUAUAAAAGGAAAUGGUAAAAUGCUAGGACUCACCUAAAAUCGUGGUUACAAAUGAAUGUAUUCACUAUGCAAAGUGUGUAGCUAUUGUACGCAACGUGAACUACAUUGUAAUAUCGAAGGCAAGCUUAACUUGUGUGAGAAUUACUUUUGGAAAUAAAUACAUAAACUGUGUUGUAACGAUAUAUACACAUAUUAUGCGUCGAUGAUAUGUUUUAAUACUUGAAAUGAUCUAAUGUAUCACUCCAUGCCGGUAACAAAUAAAAUCAUUUCUCUUAUAAUGAUUUUAAUGGACCAUGGAAAUUAAAUUUUACGUUUUAACUUUUUACUAAAAUUUUUAUACAUUUAGCAAUUACUCAAAUGGACGACUGUAGUUUACUUGUGAGUUAUGCUAUGCGGAAUAAUACAAAACGGUAUAAUUUCUUCCUCUUCUUUGCAUUACAGUGUGCAAUGUAGUUAUGAGUUAAAACAAUAUUGAAAAUUUUAAGGUUUUAAUUUGUUUGUUUUAUUGUGUUUAUGUAUCUACAUGACUUUGAUAUGUUUAACCCUGUAAGUAACUUUAAAAAUAAAUAAUUUCGAAAUAUUUCGAAUGAAAUGAAAAAAAUACAUACCUAGAAAUGAACAAACUGAUAAAUAAUGAUACUAAGGACAUGACUCUAUACUUAGCAAUGUAACCUAGUUUAAAAAUUUUGCAGUAAUUUACUUCCCCUUUACAUUUUAUGUUUAAUUGAAAUGUUAGAAAUAAGGUACCGAUCAAAGCUCAAUAGCAAAGCACAUGCAGCACUACUUUAAUCGCUGAGUCGAUUACAAAAACAACACAGUCAAAGUUAACAGUAAUGAGAACGUGAGAGAUCACUGACUCUUAUUUAAAAUAAAACCACCCAAUCGUAAUUAAAACAGUUUUGUACUAGGUGGGUCUGCUAUUCUCUAAAUUUGCGUAUUUAUGUAACCCAAUAAGGUGAUUUGCCUGUUCCUGAAUGAUUACUAACAGUGAGUUUCGUAUGAUAUUACGUACAGCUUACUAUCAACAGCGAGUUGUAUGUAUUUGUAAGUACCGAUUGUUAUUCAAAUGGUUACUGCAACGUUUCUGUAUCGUUUGGUAGAAAAUGUGAGGCCAGACAUUCUGUAAUUUAUGCAUCGUAUGCAGCUGGCAGAAACAAAGACUAGCCACUCGCACAUGUUGAACAAUCAACCAAGAGAGGUGCCGUGUGGUAACUUUAGCAUUUUGUUGGUCAUUUUUGUGCUGGUGGUUGAAAUUGGUGAUUGCCUGUAUGUGGACUGGCGGUUCAUUCGUAAUUGAACGUUUGAUCAAUCCAUAGUUGCAUAGUUAGAUCGUGAUAAGAUAGUUCAGGUUUGUGGCUUGUAAUUCCAACAUUUUAGAAUCAGAUGAUUCAAGAAAAUGUGCAAUAAUAGAUGCACUAGCCAGAUUAUUCUGGCAGCAAUAAAUAUGUUUAUGCUCUGCAAUACAUAUUAUAAACUGUAAAAAAAUUGAGCAAAUUUGAAUCGAAUUUGUGUGUGUUUUUAUCCGGUAGAGACGACAUGGCCGUGUUGCUAAGUUUGAAUUGUGUCAGUGUGUUUUAAACGUAUCAGUUGCAUUUAGCGGGUUUAUAUUGAACAUUGAAGAAAAUUUUCAGCGCAACGAGUAAAAACCGCUUUUUUAACGUGUUGAGUUGCUUUUCAGCAUGGCGUUAGUGUUGCGUAAUAUAUACCAAACGUUUAAUUACUUUUUCACCGAAUACAAAGAUCCUCGAAUCGAAAAUUAUCCUUUGCUAGGUUCGCCAUGGCCGAUUGCAGCGAUCAUUGUGUUGUAUCUAAAAUUCGUUUAUGAUUGGGGACGUCGGCUGAUGAAACACCAAAAACCUCUAGACCUAACGACGGUUAUGAAUAUAUAUAAUUUGAUACAGAUCUUUUUGAAUCUUUACAUCGGAAUUGUUGGUGGUUUAAACUCCUACUUUACUGCAGACUAUAGCUGGAGUUGCGAAACGAUAAACCAAAAAGACAACCCAUCGAGGCGCAAGCUCAUAUUUAUCACAUAUCUUUAUUUUAUUUCUAAAAUAAUCGAUCUGCUAGACACGGUUUUCUUCGUGUUGCGGAAAAAGUACAAUCAAAUAACAUUUCUUCAUACCUAUCAUCAUGCAGGAAUGGUUCUAGCUACGUAUAUAUUUACAAAAUUUUUAGCUGGAAGCCAUGCAACAUUGUUGGGAUUGAUAAACAGUUUUGUACACGUUAUCAUGUACUUUUAUUACUUCCUUACAUCAUUCAAACCUGAGUUGAAGAAUUCUUUAUGGUGGAAACGACACAUAACUCAAGUCCAGCUAAUCCAGUUCACUAUCCUUAUGCUACAUUUCGGAGUACCUUUAGUGGGUAGAUACUGCGAUUUUCCGAAAGUUUUACUGUUUAUUGGAUUCACACAAAAUAUGUUUAUGUUUACGCUGUUUGCUGAUUUUUACAUUAAAACAUAUAUUAAAAAGAAAUAAAAAGUUUUUAGAAGAAGGUUGCAAAAGAUUUUUUUUCUGUCUCUGUUAAACUUAUUAGAAUUAUAUACUAGUUUUUAAUAACAAUAAUCGGUAGAAGUUAAAAACAUUUAUGUUACUAUCAAAUGCGCUGUAAGGGACUUUUCUUAUAAUGAAUAAAUAAAAAUAUUUGGAACAGUA